UUCAAAACUCCUUCAAUGGAAACAGAGAACCAACUCCUUAUUGUACUGAUGAAGUUAAAAAUCAAUCUUCGGGACAUUGACUUGGCCCAUAGAUUCUGUGUCAGUCGACCAACCAUUUCGAACAUCUUCCAUACCCUUGUUUAUGCACUACACGAGAUGCUGUCUGAUGGUGUAGUCAACGAAUGUUUUCCAAGUCAACUUAAAUGCAAAGGGUCUAUGCCAAAAUCUUUUGAGGAUUUCUCCUCUGCUAGAGCAUCCAUGGAUGCAAUUGGAACUACCCAGGACAUCCCAACACAUAUGGAUAAUCAAGCCAUGGCCUACAGUACCUACAAAAGUCGACAUACUGUUAAAGCAGUGACUUGCGUGGCUCCAAACGGUGCACUUACAUUUUGCUCUAAGCUGUAUCCAGGUUCUACUUCUGAUGUAGCUAUUGUACGCCACAGCCAAGUCCUACAAAAAUUUAAAGCUGGAGACCUUAUUUUGGCCGACAAAGGUUUAACCAUUCAUGAUCAGUUGCCCAAAGGUGUCUGUUUAAAUAUACCAGCUUUUUUAUCGACACGAGGCCAGUUUACCAAACAAGAAGCAGCAUUGUGUUACAAGAUUGCUAAAGCACGCAUUCAUGUGGAAAGAGCCAACGAGAGGAUAAAGAACUAUGAGAUUCUCCGUCACAUCCCAUCUACUUACAGACCGAUCUCAACAAAAAUAUUUCAACUCUGUUCUUGUCUCGUAAACUUGCAAGCUCCACUUUUGAAAGAAAUUGCUUAA